GUUAGUGGUCUCAUGGCUUUGGCUCUAGUGUGCAAAGAGCUUUGGGAGCUUGUGUCGGGCAUGGAGGGUGCGGUGGAUGGAAAGAGCAUUUCUUGCAUCAUCAUCCUCGUUCUCGUCCGCUGGGGAAUGCUAGCCCAAGCGAGACAGCUGCAGAUGCAGCAGAUGGCAGAAAUGGAAAUGGAGAAGAAGGAUUGA